AUGGAAGUGUGUGGCGGAGCGGGGAGCGCGGGGAUCGGCGGGACUCUGGCGGCAUCCGCGGGGCUCGGCGGAACGUUCAGCCCCGGGUUCGGCGGAGGCACGGCGGCCGGGGGGGCGAACAGCAGCGCAAGCGCGGGGGGGAUGUUCGGUGGCGGCAUGGGGAGAGGCAUCGGGGGAGGCAUUGGCGGGGGAAGCGCGCACACUCACGCGCACGCGCUGGCGCAGCAGCUUCCGCACGGAAAGCCCAAGGCGAAGUCCGGACCGCUGCAGCACGUAGCGGAAGGGAGCGCGGCGGGGGGAGGCAUAGGGAGAAGCGGCCCCGCGACAGGCUGGGUAGGCUUGGGGGGGAGCGGGGGAGGCGCAGGCGCAAGCACGGGCGUUGCCGCGGGGGAGCUGCUGGCUGGCGCGUUUGGCGGAGGGGGGAUCUUCGAAGGGGUGGCGGAAGGGGCGUGGGGAUCCGACGCGUCUGUGCUCUCCGCGAUUCUGCUGCGCGACGGGCUCCUUCCGCCGCGCGCGGUGGGGCUGGCGCAACAAGCGGCGGAGGGAGGGGCAUCCGCUGGGGGAGGGGGGAGGAGAGAAGGGUCGCUGGGGGCGAAUCCGCUCCCCGCGCGCUUCUCAGGGCUGUCCAGUGUGGGGGAAGGGGAAGGAGCAGGGGGGGAAGCGGGGACAGCGGGAGGGGGGGCGGGAAUAGCAGGGGGAAGUGGUGGGGGAGCGGUAGCAAGCAGCAGAGGUGGCUUGGGCGGAACAGCAGCGUCAGGCGGAGGCGGAGGCGGAGGAGGAGGGGAGAAGGUAGCCGGAGCAGGGAUUGCCGCCCCUCGCGUUCCUCCCCUCUCCGGAAUGGGUCCCAGCAUCCUAUCUGGCAUACCACCUGGGAUUCCACCUGGCAUGGGAGGCCACAGCCAGCUCUCCCCUGAGCUGCUGACUCUGUGGGAAACACCUGACGCUGUUGCCAUGGAAGCUGCCUGGUCUCCCCCCCACGGCCCCUGGCAGGGCGUUUAUCAUCAUACCUCCUCUCUAGCCGCUGCUUCCCCCACUGGCAGCGCGGGGGGGGCGGGGGGGAUGGAGGGCGGGGGGAGGGGGAGGGAGGACGGGGAGGGCAGCGAGCAGAGCGCGGAGGAGGUAUCGUCCACGCAGAAAAGGGCGUGUGGCGCGGGGGAGGCGGGGAGGGGGGGGAUGGGGGAGGAGUGCUGCGCGGAUGGCGGGUUUGGGGGGGAAUGCGGGGCGUGCGGGGGAGGCGGGGUGACUGGGGGAGGGGAUGGGGGAGGGCGCGGGGACGAGUGUAGCAUGCAUAGAGCUUGUGGAGGCGGGGGAGGAGGUGGAGGCGGAGGCGGAGGGGGAGGGGGAGGCGGAGGGGGAGGGAGAGGGAUGGGAGGUGGCGGUGUGGUGGUGGAGGGGUCGUUCUUUGAGACGUGCUCCCCGGAUCGAUUCUUGCAGUCGCCUCCGCGGGGAAUGGGGGGAGCAGCAGGCAUGGAGGAGGGCGAAGGGGACUGCCACAUGGGCGGCAGCGGCGGUGGCGGUGGUGGGAGUAGUAGCGUGCAAGAGAGGACCGGGACAGUGGGGGCAGAUGGACGGAGGAGCAAGGCGGGAGCGGGAGGGAGAGGGAGAGGGGUGGGUGGUGGUGCGGGGGAGUGGAGAGUGGCGGAGAGCAGAGGCGAGGGCGGGAGACUGUUCCGCAUGGCCAUGCCUGAUGGGUUUGACACAGAGGGUCUCCUCUCCAUUCCUCUCGCACACCCCCUCUCAUACACACUCAUCCCCUCUCCAUCCCUCUCGCUCACCCCCUCUCAUACACACUCAUCCUCUCUCAUACAAUGUCAUCCCCUCUCGUUCGCUUUCAUCCCCUUUCAUCCCCUCUCAUUCCGUCUCAUACACGCGCAUACACUCUCAUCCCCUUUCAUCCCCUCACACACGCUUAUUCCCUUUGAUCCCCGCUCAUUCACUCGCAUUCACGCAUAUCACCGCUCAUUCCCAGGCAUCCACUCUCAUUCCCUCUACUUCCCUCUCAUUCCUUCUCAUCCACUCUCAUUCCCUCACAGCCCCUCUCAGCCCCUUUCAUCUCCUUUCAUCCACUCUUCAUUCCCUCUCAUACACUCUCAUACACUCUCAUACACUCUCAUCCCCUAUCAUACACUCUCAUCCCCUCUCAUAUACUCUCAUCCCCUCUCAUCCCCUCACACACACUCCCGUUCCCUCUCAUCCCCGCUCAUUCACUCUCAUUCCCUCUCAUUCCCUCUCAUUCCCACGCUUUUCCUCUCAUCCCUUCUCAUCCCCUCUCAUUCACUCUCAUUCACUCUCAUACACUCUCAUACACUCUCAUCCCCUCACAUACACUCUCAUACACUCUCAUACACUCUCAACCACUCUCAUCCACUCUCCUAA